GGAGGAGAAGAAGAACACACCCCACAGAGAAACGAGAGAGAAAGUGUUCCAAGCCUAACGGCCAUUUUCAGAGAAGCAGAAUCGGCUUCUGAGUUUCGGUUUCGGAUUUCGAAACGCCGCGUUUUGGUGGAGUGGAGCGGUUGGGAGUUGUUUUCGUAAUGAGGUGAAUUUGGAGAAGGGGAGAGGGCGCAGAAGAGGUGUUUGAGGUUUUGGAUUUGAUGGUUGGACUUUGGUUCUAAUGGCGAAUCCUAAAGGUUUCGGAGGAGAGGGAGAUGAUCUGUAUGCAGAGCUCUGGAAGGCGUGUGCGGGCCCACUCGUUGACGUUCCUCGGCGGGGAGAGAGGGUGUUCUAUUUUCCGCAAGGACACGUGGAGCAAUUGGAGGCGUCGACGAAUCAGGAGCUGAGUCAACGGAUUCCGCUGUUUAAUCUUCCUUCGAAGAUCCUUUGUCGCGUUAUUCACAUUCAACUCCGGGCUGAACAAGAAACAGAUGAGGUUUAUGCGCAAAUUACUUUACUGCCAGAACCAGAUCAAGCUGAGCCUAGAAGUCCUGAUCCGUGUACUCCGGAGCCUCCAAGACCCACGGUGCACUCAUUUUGCAAGGUUCUAACUGCCUCUGAUACUAGCACUCAUGGUGGUUUUUCUGUUCUCCGAAAACAUGCUAAUGAAUGCCUUCCUCAACUGGACAUGAACCAGGCAACCCCAACGCAGGAAUUGGUUGCUAAGGAUCUUCAUGGCUAUGAGUGGAGAUUUAAGCAUAUUUUCAGAGGUCAACCUCGGAGGCAUUUACUUACAACAGGAUGGAGUACAUUUGUUACUUCUAAGAGAUUAGUUGCAGGGGAUUCCUUUGUAUUCUUGAGGGGGGACAAUGGAGAAUUACGGGUUGGAGUUAGGCGGCUUGCCCGUCAACAGAGUACGAUGCCUACGUCUGUGAUCUCUAGCCAGAGCAUGCACCUGGGAGUGCUUGCAACUGCAUCUCAUGCUGUUGCAACCCAGACCCUCUUCAUUGUAUAUUAUAAACCAAGGACAAGUCAAUUCAUCAUAGGCUUGAACAAAUAUUUAGAAGCUGUUAGCAAUGGGUUUGCUGUUGGUAUGCGAUUCAAGAUGAGAUUUGAAGGCGAGGAUUCUCCUGAGAGAAGGUUUUCGGGCACAAUCGUUGGCGGAGAAGAUUUUUCUCCAGAGUGGAAAGAUUCUGAAUGGAGAUCAUUGAAGGUUCAAUGGGAUGAACCUGCUUCCAUUCCUAGACCUGAGAAGGUUUCUCCAUGGGAGAUAGAACAUUAUGUUUCUUCAGUGCCACAAGGCCUAGCUCCACCAGGAGUUCUAAAGAACAAAAGACCACGAUCUAAUGAAAGCCCAGUUCCUGAAACAGGAUCUGCAGCUGCAUCAGCUGUCUGGCAUCUUGGAUUGACUCAGUCUCAUGAUUUAACUCAAAUGAGUAGCACUGCUGAAGGAAAAAGAAGUGAAAACCAUGUUAUGUGGCAUCACAAGCAGGCAGAUAUAGGUGGUCCACUCAUAAAUAGCAAUACCGCCUGUGUAUCAAGGACUCAGACCGAGGGGAGCUGGCUAUCCUCUUCCCACGUGAGUGCUUCUCAGCAUCAGUUUCAGGAUGCAACAGAAGAUAGUAAAAGUGUGUCUGCCUGGCCUGCUCUAUCAGGCUAUUCAACGCUGCACUCAUCCAAGCUCACUAGCGAUACAAUCAUUGACCCAAAUGGAAAUGGGAAGAAAGCCGUCGCUGAGAUGGCUACAAGUUGCCGGCUGUUUGGCUUUGAGCUGAUGAAUCACUCAAGCUCACCUCCUGUGGGGAAGGCACAUGGCCAUUCAAUCAGUGUUUCGAGCGGCACUGAUUCAGACCAAAAGUCUGACCUGUCAAAGGCUUCCAAAGAGCAGAAGCAAGGACAGUCACAUGUCUCCCCUAAAGAGAUUCAGAGCAAGCAGAAUUGCUAUUCAAAUACAAGAAGUCGAACCAAGGUCCAAAUGCAGGGUAUUGCCGUUGGUCGGGCUGUGGACUUGACUGCAUUGGAAGGGUAUGAUGAGCUUAUUGAUGAACUAGAGGAGAUGUUUGAAAUUAAGGGAGAGCUUCGGCCACGGUAUAAAUGGGAAAUUGUCUUCACAGAUGAUGAAGGGGAUAUGAUGCUUGUGGGCGAUGAUCCAUGGCCGGAAUUCUGUAACAUGGUGAGAAGAAUUUUCAUUUGCUCAAGCCAAGAUGUGAAGAAGAUGAGCCCAGGAAGCAAACUUCCCAUCUCUUCCAUGGAAGGUGAAGGGACUACCAUAAGCUUAGACUCAACCGAAAAUUAGAUGGCAAAAAUUUUUCCUUCCAUUUCCUUUUGGUGGUUGUUUGGGAUGUUCGAGAAUGAUGUUUGAAGUUGAAAAGCAGAGGAUGGCUAAUUGGCCGCCCAAUUUUUAGAGCUUACCACUUAAAAGCAAGACUCAGAAAAACGUUAACUGGGUAGGUGUGCAAGAUUGGAAGGUUGCAAUGGGCUAGUGGAAGAAAAGAAAGAAAGUUGAGUUAGGUUUAGAACCUGUAAAAUAUUAAUUGUAUUUCUGGAGGGGAAGCAUGCCUUUGUUUCAUGUUGCUUUGUAAAUAUAUAUUUGUGUUUUUUUGCCAGCUUCGCUUUUAACCAAGGCUACCUAAGAGUCA